AUGAAACCGCUCUGAAGAGCUGCUGGUAGUGACAGUGGGGCAGUCUCACAUCAGAUACAUGAAACAUACGAUACUUUUACAGUAAUCUGUUUACUUAGUACUUCAUAGACUGCUUGCAUGCAUAAUAAGAAGUACUUUUACGGUGUACUUUUCGAGUAAUCCUGUGUCAUAGUGAGUCGGUCCACCUCGUCAGCACUUACUGAAAGUGAAAGUAAAAGUUAACCAGAAGCAGCAUCAAGCUAACCUGCUGAAUGUUGGAGGGAACACACGUCUGACUGUCCACCAGAGGAAAAUGAAGGAAGUGGCAGUUUGUGGAUUUCUUAUUCUCCUCUUCGAUGCCGUGCUCAGUUUGGCACUGUGGGCCGGACUGUGGCUGCAGCGGUGCUCCGGCUGUGGUGGACUGGCAGGUGUGUGGGCCUUUGGGGCAGCGAAGUGGGCCGCCCUCCAUGUUUUCACCUCAGCACUGACUGAUGGGAAGCCCCAGGCUGUGCUCUGCAGGCUGGUCGCUCUCCUCGGCCUCCUUUCUCCCGUGUUUGAAAGUGGACGGAUCUUCAUGGAGCCUCCCUCAGAGCCUUACCGGGGACCAUCCCCUGACCUCAACAUGCUGCUCCUUGGCCCGCUGUCGUCAGUAGUGGCCUGUAUGGUUUGGGAAAAGGGCCUCUGUGGGAAUGCAAAGAUGAAAAAAGGCACCGUUCAACUGGAUGCCAGGCGGUUGCUGGCGAGGAUGGUGAAAUACUUCAAGCCAGACACCUUUUACCUCAUCGCAGCUUUCAGUUUCCUCAUCUUAGGUGUCAUCUGUGAUACAUUUAUCCCGUUGUAUCAGGGGAAGGUGAUUGACAUGCUGAGAGGUCAGGUGCUUCAAACUGGCUUCUGUUAUGCAAUUGGACAGCUGGUGCUUCUCUCUCUUGGAAGCGCUCUGUUCUCUGGCAUGAGAGGAGGCAUAUUUAUGUGCACCCUGGCCAGACUGAACAAGAGACUGAAACAUCUGCUGUUUCACUCCCUCCUGCAGCAGGAAGUGCAUUUCUUCGAGGAGAACAAUGCUGGAAGUCUCUCGUCCCGCCUGCACUCCGAUGUGGACAGGAUGGGCCGCACAGUAGCACUGAACGCCAACGCGCUGGUUCGCAGCACAGUCAAGACCUGCCUGAUGCUCUCAGUGAUGUUAAACCUGUCCUGGGAGCUCACAGUGCUCACCUGCAUAGAGAUGCCACUCCUGGCCAUCUUGCAGAACAAAUACAUCACACUGUCCAAGGAGCUGAAAGACCAGAUCCAGGACUGCCAUGCUCAGAACAAAGAUCUGGCUACUCAGACAGUCAGAAAUAUUUGCACAGUCCGCAGCUUCAGGGCAGAGAAAGAUGAACUGAGGAGGUAUAAUGAGGCUCUGGACCAGAUGUGUGCCAUCAAGACACGAUCGGGAGUAUACAGCAUAGUCUUUGGCUUUUUACGGAGGCUGGUGAGUCUGGGGAUAAGGUUGCUCAUGCUGGUACAGGCUCGCAGUCUCAUCUCCUCAGGUCACCUCAGCAUCGGUAGUCUUGUUUCCUUUUUCUUGUACCAGAAGCCGAUGUCAAACAACUUAAGGGAGAUUUUGUAUUGCUAUGGAGAGACGAUGUCCACAGUUGGAGUCAUCUCCAAAGUGUUCAGUUAUCUUGACAGGACACCAAAGUGCGAGAAGGCGGGAGAGUUAGCUCCUGAGAAGCUAGAGGGAAGAAUCGUUUUCCAGAAUGUCACCUUCACCUACCCGUCAGCUCCAUCAGAUAAACCAGCUCUGAAGUCUGUUUCUAUGGAGCUUCAGCCGGGGAAGAUGACAGCACUGGUCGGCCCCUCCGGCAGCGGGAAGUCUUCCUGCAUCAGCCUCCUGAAGAGGCUGUAUGAACCUCAGGAGGGACAGAUCCUGCUGGAUGGAGAACCGCUGCACCAUUACAAACACAAGUACCUCCAUCAAAAGGUGGCCUUGGUGUCCCAGAAUCCUGUGCUGUUUUCUGGUUCACUGAGAUACAACAUUGAGUACGGCUUGGAGGACUGCCCCAUCGAGAAGGUGCAAGAAGCUGCAAAGAAGGUCAACGCUGAUCAGUUCAUCUCUGAACUGGAGGAAGAAUACGACACAGAUAUAGGUGAAUGUGGUGGCCGACUUUCAGAGGGACAGAAGCAGUGCAUCGCCAUCAUCAGGGCUCUGAUUCGAGAUCCGCAGGUCUUCAUACUGGAUGAGGCUACCAGCAAACUGGAUAUUGAAAUGCAGCAUAUUGUGCUUCGGGAGGUUCUGUCUUGUGGUCUGACGGUCCUGCUGGUGGCUCAUCAGCUGAGCACGGUGGAGAAGGCCGAUCACAUUAUCUUCAUGGAGAAAGGAGAAGUCGUGGAGGAGGGGACGCACCAGGAACUCAUGGCCAAGAGAGGACGCUACCAUCGCUUGAAAGAGGAACUGUUCACUCAAGGCUGAAUAGAGCUCAGUAAAUAUAGUUUUAUUGUUUGUAUGUGAAUUGUUGUUGUCCAGAGUAUCUGCGGGGUGAUUAAACGUGUGAACAUUCUUCUUGACAGGAUUACCUGUCCGAUAUUCAUCUUGUCAGACAUGUCAGGACAAAAACAACUUCAUAUAUUAGAUAUGAAGUAAUGGGAAUGAAGAGGUAUGGUCUGCAUGUUUCAUGAGCACUAAUUAUGUUUCCGUGUUGAAGCAGUAUUGGAGCAUCACACCAACAGAUGAACUGAAACUUCAAUACCAAGAAAGUGUUUUUACAGUGAGGCAGUUAAAUCUUCAGAGGCAAAUAUUGUCUUUCACUACACAGUUGCUGUCCUGCAUAACAGGGAAGCACAACUACUUGUUUUAAAUAUCUGAUUUAUUAAAUGAUCAUAACUUUGCAAAGGAAAAUGCAGAGUGGAGUGCAGUGGAUGCAGUGAAACGUGGAUGCAUUAAAGAAGAAUAUGUUUUACAAAGUAAGCCCUAGUUUUGUUGUUUUUUUAUUUGUUCUUUGUUUUUUUUUGUCCUAUUUCUUCUUUUAUCUCUGUUAACUGUAUUGAAACUCUGUGCAUCAUUUGCCUUCUUUUGUAUGGACCUCUUCCUUUGCACCAGUAUGAAGACAUAAAGGUUGUAAAUGGACUUUGUUAAAUAAAGAGAGUAAAUAAACGUA